CUAUCUGGUCCCGGCAGCAGCGAUGUCCCCCGGCAGGAAUGUCCCUCCUCAGAUAAUGUUAUUUAUAUCUCUGGGCGGGUCCGCGGCUCGGCAGCACCAAGCGCCUGGCGGCCGCUGUGCCUGGAGCCCCGCGCUGCCCUCCUUCCCCUGCACCGCCACCGCCACCGCCACCGCCCCCGGGCUCGGGCUGGCCCCCGCUACAGCUCGGACGCUGGGACCCUUCCAUGAAGACUGAGGCAGGCAUAGCUGCUAAGAGCCUGCUGACAUGACAUCAGCCACGGAGAUUGAAAACGUGGGCAACCAGCCACCGUACAGCCGGAUCAAUGCCCGCUGGGAUGUCCCGGACGAUGAGCUGGAUAAUGACAACAGCUCAGCCAGGCUCUUUGAGAGGUCCCGGAUCAAGGCCUUGGCAGAUGAGCGAGAAGUGGUUCAGAAGAAAACCUUCACUAAAUGGGUGAACUCACACCUGGCUCGUGUGUCCUGCCGCAUCACCGACCUCUACAAGGACCUGCGGGAUGGACGUAUGCUCAUCAAGCUGCUGGAGGUGCUGUCUGGAGAGAUGCUGCCAAAGCCCACGAAGGGGAAGAUGCGCAUCCACUGCCUGGAAAACGUGGACAAGGCUCUGCAGUUCCUCAAGGAGCAGCGCGUGCACCUGGAGAACAUGGGUUCCCACGACAUCGUGGACGGCAACCACCGCCUGGUCCUGGGCCUCAUCUGGACCAUCAUCCUUCGCUUCCAGAUUCAGGACAUCGUUGUCCAAACUCAGGAAGGUCGUGAGACACGCUCAGCCAAGGAUGCGUUGCUGUUAUGGUGUCAGAUGAAGACAGCAGGCUACCCCAAUGUCAAUGUCACCAACUUCACCUCCAGCUGGAAGGAUGGCCUGGCCUUUAAUGCCCUGAUACACAAGCACCGGCCUGACCUCAUUGACUUUGAUAAGCUGAAAGACUCCAAUGCCCGGCACAACCUGGAGCACGCAUUCGAUGUGGCCGAUCGUCAGCUGGGCAUUAUCCCACUCCUCGACCCUGAAGAUGUCUUCACAGAAAACCCUGAUGAGAAAUCCAUUAUUACCUAUGUGGUGGCAUUUUACCACUACUUCUCCAAGAUGAAGGUGCUGGCGGUGGAGGGCAAGCGCGUUGGCAAGGUAAUCGACCAUGCCAUUGAGACAGAGAAGAUGAUUGAAAAGUACAGUGGGCUCGCCUCGGACCUGCUCACCUGGAUUGAGCAGACCAUCACAGUUCUGGACAGCCGCAAAUUUGCCAACUCCCUGACUGGUGUCCAGCAGCAGCUACAGGCCUUUAGCACCUACCGCACCGUGGAGAAGCCACCCAAGUUUCAGGAGAAGGGGAAUCUAGAAGUCUUACUUUUUACCAUCCAGUCCCGGAUGAGAGCCAACAAUCAGAAAGUAUACACGCCCCACGAUGGGAAACUGGUGUCUGACAUCAACCGGGCCUGGGAAAGCUUGGAGGAGGCUGAGUACCGGCGGGAGCUAGCCCUGAGAAAUGAGCUCAUUCGCCAGGAGAAGCUGGAGCAGCUGGCCCGGCGCUUUGACCGGAAGGCCGCCAUGAGAGAGACAUGGCUCAGUGAAAACCAGCGCCUUGUGGCCCAGGAUAACUUUGGGUACGACCUGGCAGCCGUGGAGGCCGCCAAGAAGAAGCAUGAGGCCAUCGAGACUGACACAGCUGCCUACGAGGAACGGGUGAGGGCCCUGGAAGAUCUGGCCCAGGAGCUGGAGAAGGAGAAUUACCACGACCAGAAGCGCAUCACAGCCCGCAAGGACAACAUCCUGCGCCUGUGGAACUACCUGCAGGAGCUGCUGAAGGCCCGGCGCCAGAGACUCGAGACGACCCUGGCACUGCAGAAGCUCUUCCAGGAUAUGCUGCACAGCAUCGACUGGAUGGACGAGAUCAAGGCUCACCUCUUGUCUGCCGAGUUCGGGAAGCACUUGCUGGAGGUCGAGGACUUGCUACAGAAACACAAAUUGACGGAGGCUGACAUCGCCAUUCAGGGAGACAAAGUGAAGGCCAUCACCACAGCCACCCUGAAGUUCACUGAGGAAAAGGGGUACCAGCCUUGUGAUCCCCAGGUCAUCCAGGACCGUGUCAGCCACCUGGAGCAGUGCUUUGAGGAGCUAAGCAACAUGGCAGCUGGGCGGAAGGUCCAGCUGGAGCAGUCCAAACGGCUCUGGAAGUUCUUCUGGGAGAUGGAUGAGGCCGAGAGCUGGAUUAAGGAGAAGGAGCAGAUCUACUCCUCCCUUGACUAUGGCAAGGACCUGACCAGUGUGCUCAUCUUGCAGCGCAAGCACAAAGCCUUUGAGGAUGAGCUCCGCGCGCUGGACACCCACCUAGACCAGAUCUUCCAGGAGGCUGAGGGCAUGGUCGCACGCAAGCAGUUUGGGCACCCGCAGAUCGAAGCCCGAAUCAAGGAGGUAUCUGCCCAGUGGGACCAGCUGAAGGAGCUGGCUGCCUUUCGGAAGAAGAACCUGCAGGAUGCUGAAAACUUUUUCCAGUUCCAAGGCGAUGCAGACGACCUAAAGGCCUGGCUGCAAGAUGCUCACAAGCUGCUCUCAGGUGAAGAUGUGGGGCAGGAUGAAGGGGCCACACGGGCCCUGGGGAAGAAGCACAAGGACUUUCUGGAGGAGUUGGAGGAGAACCGUGCGGUGAUGGAGCAUCUGGAACAGCAGGCCCAGGGCUUCCCCCAAGAGUUUCGGGAUUCCCCAGAUGUGACCAAUCGGCUGCAGGUCCUCCGGGAGCUCUACCAGCAAGUGGUGGCUCAGGCAGACCUGCGUCGGCAGAAGCUACAGGAUGCCCUGGACCUGUACACAGUGUUUGGGGAGACAGAUGCCUGUGAGCUGUGGAUGGGAGAGAAGGAGAAGUGGCUGGCCCAGAUGGAAAUCCCAGACACACUGGAGGACCUGGAGGUCGUGCAGCACAGGUUUGACAUCCUGGACCAGGAGAUGAAGACCUUGGUGACUCAGAUUGGUGGUGUGAACCUCGCUGCCAACAGCCUGAUAGAGAGUGGCCACCCACGCAGCGGGGAAGUGAAGCAGUACCAGGACAACCUGAACACCAGGUGGCAGGCAUUCCAGACCAUGGUGUCGGACAGGCGGGAGGCAGUGGACUCAGCCCUCCGGGUGCACAACUACUGCGUGGACUGUGAGGAGACCUGCAAGUGGAUCACAGACAAGACGAAGGUAGUAGAGUCCAUCAAGGACCUGGGCCGGGACCUGGCAGGAGUCAUCUCCAUCCAGCGUAAGUUGUCUGGGCUGGAGCGUGACGUGGCCGCCAUCCAGGCCCGUGUGGGUGCUUUGGAGCGUGAGUCACAACGGCUGAUGGAGUCACACCCAGAACUGAAGGAGGACAUUGGCGGGCGUCAGGCACACGUGGAAAAGCUGUGGCAGGGCCUACAGCAAGCCCUGAACGAGCAGGAGGCCUCGCUCGGUGAAGCCAGCCAGCUGCAGGCCUUCCUGCAGGAGCUGGAUGAAUUUCAGGCCUGGCUGUCCAUGGCCCAGAAGACCGUGGCCUCCGAGGACAUGCCCGAGUCCGUCCCAGAGGCCGAGCAGCUCCUGCAGCAGCAUGCAGCCAUCAAGGAUGAGAUUGAUGGGCACCAUGGAAGCUACGAGCAUGUCAGGACAUCUGGAGAGAAAGUGCUCCGUGACCAGACAGACCCAGAGUACCUGCUCCUGGGCCAGCGGCUGGAGGGCCUGGGUACUGGCUGGGAUGCCCUGCACCGGAUGUGGGAGAGCCGCGGCCGCUCCCUUGCCCAGUGCCUUGGCUUCCAGGAGUUCCAGAAAGAUGCCAAGCAGGCUGAAGCCAUCCUUACUAACCAGGAAUAUACACUGGCUCACUUGGAGCCCCCAGACUCCCUGGAAGCUGCAGAGAUUGGGAUCCGGAAGUUUGAGGACUUCUUGGUGUCUAUGGAGAACAACCAGGAUAAGGUCUUGAGUCCUGUGGACUCUGGAAACAAGCUGGUAGCCGAGGGAAACCUCUACUCAGACAAGAUCAAGGAGAAGGUGCAGCUGAUUGGGGACAGGCACAGGAAGAACAAUGAGAAGGCCCAGGAGGCCUCAGUUCUUCUGAGAGACAACCUGGAGCUCCAGAACUUCCUCCAGAACUGCCAGGAGCUCACCCUCUGGAUCAAUGACAAGCUGAUGACAUCUCAGGAUGUCUCCUAUGAUGAAGCACGAAAUCUUCCCAACAAAUGGCUGAAGCACCAGGCGUUCAUGGCAGAGCUGGCCUCCCACCAGGGGUGGCUGGAGAGCCUCGAUGCGGAGGGCACGCAGCUGAGGGAAGAGAAGCCCCAGUUUGCACCCCUGGUGUCCGAGAGGCUGGAGGCUUUGCACCGACUCUGGGAUGAGCUUCAGGCCACCACGAAGGAGAAGACCCAACAGCUCUUAGCAGCCAGGAGCUCUGACCUGCGCUCGAAGACCCAAGCCGACCUCAACAAAUGGAUCGGCGCCAUGGAGGACCAGCUGCGGUCAGAUGACCUGGGCAAGGACCUGACCAGUGUCAACCGGAUGUUGGCUAAGCUGAAGCGUGUGGAGGACCAAGUGAAUGUGCGAAAGGAGGAGCUGGGGGAGCUGUUUGCUGAGAUGCCCUCGCUGGGAGAGGAUGAGGAGGGUGCUGACUUUAGCAUCGAGAAGCGGUUCCUGGACCUCCUGGAGCCCCUGGGGAGGAGGAAGAAGCAGCUAGAAUCAUCCAGAGCUAAGCUGCAGAUCAGCCGGGACUUAGAGGAUGAGACGCUCUGGGUGGAGGAGAGGCUGCCGCUGGCCCAGUCGGCCAACUACGGCAUGAACCUGCAAACUGUGCAGCUGUUCAUGAAGAAGAACCAGACCCUGCAGAACGAGAUCCUGGGCCAUGCACCACGGAUCCAGGACGUGCUGCAGAGAGGGCAGCGGCUGGUGGAGGAGGCAGAGAUCGAGUGUGAGGACAUUGAGGAGCGCCUGGGCCACCUGCAGAGCUCGUGGGACACGCUGCGGGAGGCGGCAGCUGGCAGGCUGCAGCGCCUGCGGGACGCCAGCGAGGCACAGCAGUAUUACCUGGAUGCAGGCGAGGCUGAGGCCUGGAUCAGCGAGCAGGAGCUCUACGUCAUCUCCGAUGAGACCCCCAAGGAUGAAGAGAGCGCCAUCGUGAUGCUGAAGCGGCAUUUGCGGCAGCAGCGUGCGGUGGAGGAGUACGGGCGGAACAUCAAGCAGCUGGCCGGCCGGGCCCAGAGCCUGCUCACCGCGGGCCAUCCCGAGGGGGAAGAGAUCAUCAGACUCCAGGGGCAAGUGGACAAGCAGUACGCGGGGCUGAAGGACAUGGCGGAGGAGCGCAAACGGAAGCUGGAGAACAUGUACCACCUGUUCCAGCUGAAGAGGGAGGCCGACGACUUGGAGCAGUGGAUUGCGGAAAAGGAGCUGGUGGCCUCGUCCCCAGAAAUGGGGCAAGACUUUGACCAUGUUACUCUGCUCCGGGACAAGUUCCGGGACUUCGCCCGGGAGACUGGGGCCGUUGGGCAGGAGCGGGUGGACAACGUGAACGCCAUUAUCGAGCGGCUCAUUGACGCGGGCCACGGAGAGGCGGCCACCAUCGCCGAGUGGAAGGACGGACUGAAUGAGAUGUGGGCAGACCUGCUGGAGCUCAUCGACACGCGCAUGCAGCUGCUGGCCGCCUCCUACGACCUUCACCGCUACUUCUACACAGGCACCGAGAUCCUGGGCCUCAUCGACGAGAAGCACCGCGAGCUGCCGGAGGACGUGGGGCUGGACGCCAGCACCGCCGAGUCCUUCCACCGGGUGCACACGGCCUUCGAGCGGGAGCUCCACCUCCUGGGCGUGCAGGUACAGCAGUUCCAGGACGUGGCCACCCGCCUGCAGACGGCCUACGCAGGGGAGAAGGCAGACGCCAUCCAGAACAAGGAGCAGGAGGUGUCUGCCGCGUGGCAGGCGCUGCUCGACGCCUGUGCCGGGCGCCGCACGCAGCUCGUGGACACGGCAGACAAAUUCCGCUUCUUCAGCAUGGCUCGUGACCUCCUCUCCUGGAUGGAGAGCAUCGUCCGGCAGAUCGAGACCCAGGAGAGGCCCAGGGACGUCUCCUCAGUGGAACUGCUCAUGAAGUAUCACCAGGGCAUCAAGGCAGAGAUCGAAACCAGAAGCAAGAACUUCAACGCCUGCCUGGAGCUUGGCGAGUCCCUGCUACAGCGGCAGCACCAGGCCUCCGAGGAGAUCAGGGAGAAGCUGCAGCAGGUGGUGUCCAGGAGGAAGGAGAUGAACGAGAAGUGGGAGGCCCGCUGGGAGCGGCUCAGCAUGCUGCUGGAAGUGUGCCAGUUCUCUCGGGACGCCUCUGUGGCUGAAGCGUGGCUGAUCGCCCAGGAGCCCUACCUGGCCAGCCGGGACUUCGGACACACAGUGGACAGUGUGGAGAAGCUCAUCAGGAGGCAUGAGGCUUUUGAGAAAUCCACAGCCAGUUGGGCAGAGCGCUUUGCUGCCCUGGAGAAGCCCACCACGCUUGAGCUAAAAGAACGUCAGAUCCUGGAGAGACCCGUGGAGGAAACUGGGCCUCAAGAGGAGGAAGGAGAGACAGCGGGGGAGGGUCCCCGAGUUCCCGACCCAGCGGCCACCGUGAGAACAUCCCCGGGGGAAGACAGACAGCGGCCGCAAGACCUGCAGCCACCACCCCCACCGGGGCAACAGGUGGAAGGGCAAGAGGAGAAAUCUGGCAGGGAUGAGGGGCCCGCUACAGAGCCCCUCUUUAAAGUCCUGGACACGCCUCUGAGCGAGGGCGAGGAGCCUACAACGCUGCCCGCCCAGCGGGACCGCGGGCACAGCGUGCAGAUGGAGGGCUACCUGGGCCGCAAGCACGACCUGGAGGGGCCCAACAAGAAGGCAUCCAACAGGUCCUGGAACAACCUGUACUGUGUGCUCAGAAAUAGCGAGCUGACCUUCUACAAGGAUGCCAAGAACCUGGCGCUGGGGGUGCCCUACCACGGGGAAGAGCCCCUGGCCCUGAGACAUGCCAUCUGUGAGGUUGCUGCCAGCUACAAGAAGAAGAAGCAUGUCUUCAAGCUGAGGUUGAGCAAUGGCAGUGAGUGGCUCUUCCACGGCAAGGAUGAGGAGGAGAUGCUGUCCUGGCUGCAGGGUGUGAGCACUGCCAUCAACGAGUCCCAGAGUAUCCGCACCAAGGCCCAGAGCCUGCCCUUGCCCUCCAUCACUGGCCCUGACACCAGCCUUGGCAAGAAAGAAAAGGAAAAGAGAUUCAGCUUCUUCCCCAAAAAGAAGUAGCCUCUUGUGGAGCCCCAACAGGUGGGGCCGGGCAGUGCCACUGUGCCUCCCUCGACUGCCCAGGACAGGCUGCGGGCGCCCUCAGCCUUGACCACGGCGCUCCUGCUGCCUGGUUGCCUGCUGCCCGCUGCCUGCCUGCUCCGAGUCACCAGGCGGGGCUCUGGGGACCAUGCUGUACUGCAAUACCUGCCUUCACCUGCCUGGCCCGAUGCCUGCUCCCCCACCAUCUGCAGAGCAGCUCCUGGGACAGAGGCUCCCAGCUCCACUGGGCCUCCAGGCCUGCGGGCAGAGUACGGUUUUCCCAGGCUCAUACCCUCCUCCCCACCCCAUUCUUGGGCUGAGGAUGCACCAGGCCCCCAUGCCCCAUAAAAGCUGGAGAAGGCUGACGGGUUCAUCAGAUGCUGCCCACUCCCAAAGCAAGUUACUUGGAGUCACCCCUGACUUAGUCAAAACCAGGGAAAGGGAAGAAGACGCUGGAAAUACCUGACCCACCCCUGGGGCACAAGGACAGAGCCUUCAGGUAGGCCCACAGGGCCCUAGGCCUGGGGAAAGGGCUGUUGGGGACUGUGGGGACACUAUGGGCCUCCUCCCCACUGGGCUUCCUCAGAACCAGGUCUCUUACCUCAGGGGCCACCACAUCCCUCCCUCCAGCCUCCUCCCACCAAAACAGCAGCGGGGGCACCCUCCAAGGUCUGUGGGUCCUAAGUGCAAGGGGCCUCCACUGCCUCCAGCGUCCCCUGCUGCCAACCAUGGGCAGUAGGGUCAGGAAGCUCUCCAGCAGUCUUUUUAAAGCUUCAGUGAGAGCUUAGGGCUAGAGCUCAGACCUGAAAGCAGCAGACAAGUCCCGACACUGCCUAAGGCGCUGCCUCUCCCCUCUGGGACGUCCCCCCAACACCCAGUAGCAGCUGAACCAGCAAUAUCUGACUCAGACCCAGGAGCCCUUAGAGGCAGUACGGUCCCCAGAUACCAGAUGGACAGCCCAGCACCUGGAGUAAAGCAAAGCCAAAUGCCCAGUGGACAGACGGCCAAGUUCAUGCAUGACCUAUCACCCUGGGGUGGCACUAUGGCCAUACCUGGAUGUCACCACGCAUCUAAUAACCCAUGGACAGCUGGGACAAAUGCUGGCGCCAGGGCCAUGAAAGUGUAGCAGCCCUUGCUCAGCUUCUCCUGAAGGUUCUGCAUGCAGGUGCAGAAAUCACCAAAUAUCUACUCCCCCGAACCCCAUCCCCACCCAAGCACAGCCAAAGGGGCCCUGCAAACUAGACCCCCGGGAUAAUCCUUCCCCAGGCUGUGACAGUCGGGCUGCCAGAUUGAGGGGGGCACGCGUUUCACAAGGAUUUCCACCCCCCACCCUCUGAAAGCAAUACAGCUCCAGCCUAGCAUCUUAACUGGGGUUAAGGUCCAAAAGAGGGUCAAAUUGGUGGCAGUAGGUGUUUCUCUGGGAAGACCAGAAAGGUCCCCGGGGACUGCUAUUUCUAUCACUCUCCCCAUGGGAAGGAGCCCCAGACACAGCGAGAUAAUUCCUCCAGAACGCGGGUGAGGCUCAGGUAGAGACCACACGGGUCGGCAUCCAGGGUUCCUGGGCCUUCCCAGGAGCACUUAGUGCAGGCACACCUCGGGAUCAAGAACACCGUGUCAAGGUGAAGCUGACUUCAGCAGACGAGAACCACAGGAGGGUGACGUUGUCUUGUGGAUUCUGACACCCCACCUCUGUAGCCAGGGUCUUCACUUGGCCUCUGUGCACUUACCCGUACAGCCCUCUUUGUACCUGCAGGGAGCGUAGUCUAGACCAUUCACCAGCCUCUCUACACCUGGAGAAACCAAGGCAGGAGGCAGUGAGAAGACCACUCAUGUGGCAGUAAAGGCCUCCAGGACACCUGAGGGCACGUCCUGCUCCAGAGUAGGGAGCACGUUCCUUGCUGAAGAGCAGGUGGUGGCAAGAGUCCCUCCACUGCUGCCGUGGGCCAGUCUUGAGGGAGCCGGGAGACAAUGGCUCCAACCUUCUGCCCUCCCUGUGCACCAAAGCAGCGCCUGAGCGAGGCCCCACCAACGAGCAACUCCACAGUCCCAAGAAUGAAAAGGGCCUCAAAGGAAGCGCUAGGACUUCACCACCACCCGGCUGCCCCCCACUGUCGAGGGCGGCCAGCUGCAUGUGACCCACCGUCUAGUGCCAGCUCCUGCACAUCCCUCCAUCACACAGGCCCCAAGGCCCUCCACCAACGGGACAGACAUUGCAGGCACCCUGGUGUGGGAGACUGUGCCAUGUGCAGGCUCGGUACCUGGUACCCUGGCACAGUUUUAUGGGGGUGGGGGGUGUUUGUUUUUGGUCCUCCUUAUAUUUUCUACUCUACAAUCUUUUAACAGUACUCCCAGACUAGGUCGACACAGCUCCAGUCCACACCAGCACAACUGGCAGUUUAGAAGGAGCUCCUUCGGGGCGUGGUCAGGUGGUCCUCCUUCCCCUUCAUCCCCUGGCCUCCAUGGGCUCUGGCUGAGGGGGGUGUGGACAGUUCUUGGGCUUACCUCCCCCUUCCCCCUACCAGCACCCAUCACAGGAGGCCUGUAGAAGGCUCAGCUCCCACCCACACCACUUCCUGCCCUUCGGAGGGCGAGUAGGGUCCCCGAGGAUGGUCCUGGAUGCCCCUCCUCCCUUCUGUGGGAGGAGACAGAGAGCCAAAGGACCACAAGGCUUGGUCCCUUGGACGAGCAAGCUCAGGGAGGUCACAGUGGAGGAGGCAGCGACAGGACUGCAACCCCAUGGGGCACAGACCAUGCAAUCUGGGCCUCGUCCUCCACCUGCUCACACGUGCUUCCACCAAACAGAGGAAACCCAUUUACUAGUUUUUCUAAUAAAUCAAUAAUAACACUCUGUA